UGGUAGUUACAUCACUGAGAUAUAAAGUUACAUGUGCUGAUGCGGAAGUGAGUCAGUUCUCAUUCACUUUACUUACUAUUUUAACUCAACUAGUGUGUCAGCUAAACUGCUAUAUCAGAUGGGUUCGAUUUCGAUACUUUCAAAAGUAAUUAUGGAUUAGCGUGUGAUCAACAUUUGCCAGGCAUGCACGAGCCAGAGUUAGCUAGUUAAUGCGUUGCAGAUGACUGGUCUCCUGUAUUUUAAUCAUGGUAAUUCAUCGAGGUAAAAAUGUUCUUGUGCGUAUUUCAUUCUAUUGGAAACCACUGUUACAAGGAAGAUUGCUCAUUUUAACAAACACCCUCAGUGGAGGUGUUAUGUUGUCUCUGGGAGAUAUCAUACAGCAAACCAGGGAAAAAAAUAAGGAUCCUCAGAAAAUUCGUGACUGGAGUCGCACAGGGCACAUGUUUGGAGUGGGUUGCUCUAUGGGACCUGUCCUCCACUACUGGUAUUCAUGGCUGGAUAAAAUCUACAUUGGCAAAGCCUUGCACACUGUAGGCAAGAAAGUCCUAGUGGACCAGCUAGUUUGCUCACCAAUCCUUGGAGCUUGGUACUUUUUAGGCAUGGGAGUAAUGGAGGGACACGGUCUAUCCAAAGGCGCGCUGGAAUUCAAAGAGAAGUUCUGGGAGUUCUAUAAGGCUGAUUGGUGUGUCUGGCCUGCCGCACAGCUGAUCAACUUCUAUUUCCUUUCACCCCAAUACCGGGUCCUUUAUGUGAACACAAUAACCCUGGGUUGGGACACCUACCUGUCUUACCUCAAACACAGAGAAGAUGAUCAACCAGGAGAGCUCGUUCUUGACAGUGGUGUCAUAGAGGUGACCCAGGAGGCUGUUGGGCCCAUCGCUCCAGCUAAACGGUUUGAGGAGUAGGUUUAGCCCUAGUACUGAACUCAAUACUGAACUCCAAAUAGUUGAAGAUCAAUGUUUCAUUCUUGGAACAGUUGUCUCUUGCGCACUGGAAGGUGUAUAAUUUCAUGCGUGUAUAAUUAGUUAUGUGUCAUGUAACUUUUCUGAUUUAAUUAUUUCCAGCCAUAGUAACUAUAAUCAUAUCCUGUUAUCCUACUGUUUAUGAUACCAAUAUUGCCUUAAAAGUUAUUCACUACUGACACUAUUUGUCUCAGGAUUUCAAAUGGACCAAUAAGUUGAUCUGAAUAAUGAAAGAUAUCAAUUACUCCAGUAUUCAAUGUUUUUCUGCAAGAAGAUUGUUCUAGUGACCUCUAUGGUUAGUCACAGUGAUGUAGAUGUUUUUCACAACAAUUUAAAACUUGAAGCAAUAAUGGUUAAAUACAUGUUCUAUUACUUUUGAAAGGAUUUACUUAUUCAACAGUUAAAUGAAGAAUGCUAUGUAUUUAUUUACAUAGUUGGUAAGUUAUGGCAAAUGUGUUGAAUGGAAACAAUAGAUUAUGCACAGUCCAUUCAUAAUACAUAUCAAUCUAUGAUCUCUUAUUUGCAUAGGUGGGUGGAAAAAAAUCUGUAAAAUGCUGUGAUUAACAUGUUUAAUGUUUGUUUGUUUUUUAAAUACAACAUUUUAAAAAUGUG